UUUAUUUAUUUGUUUUUCAAGAAUUGGUUAAUCUGAAGGAAGUGCGAAUUUAUUUCCAUGGUAAACAAGCAACGUCUGCUGUUGGGAUAAAGGCACAUGACAUUGAGAGCCAUGGAUGCCACCGGGCCUGUCACCUUCUCCAACGUCUUCGGCCAGCAGUGCGAAGUUAUGGAGGCAGCUGUGAAGUCGCUCCAUACCUUGAAUGAUCAGAUUUCGCAUUUUAUUGUGGCAAAGCCGUGUCCUUUGGAGGAUGACGGAGACGUCUUCCAUCCUGUCGAAAAAGAAUCACUGAAGAAGUCCAUGAUUUUGAUGAGGCAGCUGCUGGUGGAAGCACAAGCCAAGAUCCUGCGAAUGAUGGAGGACAACAAGCAGCUGGCCCUGAGGAUAGAUGGGGCCAUCCAGUCUGCCAGCCAGGAGGUGACCAACCUGAGAUCAGAGCUAACAGCCACCAACAGGAGACUGGCAGAGAUGAACAGCACGGACCCAAGUGUCAUGGAGAACAACCAGCAUAACACCCAAGGUCUGGAGUACGGCAAAAUGAAGCUGAGCAGAUCUGGGACUCUACAAACGCAGGAAAAGUACACUAACGGCUUGCUGUUAAGAGAAGAGGUGUCGCAGCUUCAAGAUGAGGUUCACUUGUUACGACAAAUGAAGGAAAUGCUAGCCAAGGAUCUGGAAGAGUCGCGAGACAGCAGGUCGGCAGAGGUCCUCUCCGCCACCGAGCUGAAGGUGCAGCUGGUACAGAAGGAGCAGGAGCUUGCGCGGGCGAGGGAGGCGCUUCAGGCUAUGAAGGCCGAUCGGAAGCGUUUAAAGUCUGAAAAAACAGAUUUAGUGAGCCAAAUGCAGCAGCUUUACUCUACCCUGGAGAGUCGGGAGGAACAACUGCGUGACUUCAUCCGAAAUUACGAGCAGCAUAGAAAGGAGAGCGAAGAUGCAGUGAAGGUUUUAGCAAAAGAGAAAGACCUCUUAGAACGAGAAAAAUGGGAACUUCGGCGCCAAGCCAAGGAGGCGACGGACCAUGUAACGGCCCUCCGGUCGCAGCUGGAUUUAAAGGAAAACCGAAUUAAAGAGCUUGAAGCUGAGCUUGCAAUGAUAACAAGGUGUGUUGCCCAGAGAAAGGAAUAUCGUGUUUUUGAUCACCUCUCAGAGAAGGAGCCCUCAUCAAGAGGGAUUUCGGCCAAGCAGUCUUUAGCAACACUCACUAAAGAUGUCCCCAAACGCCACUCGCUAGCGAUGCCGGGAGAGACGGUGCUCAACGGGAACCAGGAGUGGGUCAUGCAUGCGGAUCUGCCGCUCACCGCUGCCAUACGGCAAAGCCAGCAAACGCUAUACCACGCGCACCCGCAGCAUACCGCAGACCGACAAGCGGUCAGAGUAAGUCCCUGCCACUCAAGACAACCCUCUAUAAUAUCUGACGCGUCGGCAGCAGAAGGAGACAGGUCUUCGACGCCAAGCGACAUCAACUCCCCGAGGCAUCGAACGCAUUCCCUCUGCAAUUCUUUAGAAGACCUCGAAGACCAAAAGAGGAAGAAGAAAAAAGAGAAGAUGGGCUUUGGUUCAAUUUCAAGAGUUUUUGCAAGGGGAAAGCAGCGGAAAUCCUUAGAUCCUGGCCUUUUUGACGGUACGACCCCUGACUAUUACAUUGAAGAGGACGCGGAUUGGUGACCAGCUGUAUUGCCUGUGUAUUCUGUGUGUGUAAAUGUCAAAGGGUGUUGGUGCCCGUUUACCAAGUCACAAGACAAGUGAGCCUUUUAUUCAUAUUUUAUUAUCAUUUUUCAUUUUUUUUUUUUUUUUUGCAUCGCCGAUUCUGUACUUGCUGUAAAUACUAGAGAAAUGUGUGUAAACAUCCGUUGUCGUCCAUUAUAGCGAUGCAAGUGUGUUGUAAAAAUUUUAUGGUUUUACUG